CAGGGCUCAGAUCACUUCGGAUUGGAUUCUUGUGUCAAACCUUCGUGUCUCCGCAGAGAGCGGGGCAGUAUGGCAUUAAGUGUGCUUAGAAAUUGCUCAGAGGUUCUUAAAACAAACGUCCGGAAACUCCAGCACCUUUCUACAGGUGUUCGACACAAGACCACAAUUCAGUAUGCUACACGACCUGAUCUACCAAAGCUGGCCUAUAGGAAACUGAAAGGGAAGAGUCCUGGAGUGGUGUUCCUGCCUGGUUUUGCCUCUGUCAUGAGUGGACAGAAGGCAGAAGCAUUAGAGGAGUUCUGCAAGUCUUUAGGUCACUCAUACCUCAGGUUUGACUAUUCUGGCUGUGGGUCAUCUGAAGGGGAAAUGGGUAACUACAACAUUGGUGCCUGGAAGAGAGAUGUGCUCUAUGUACUGGAUGAACUAGUAGAAGGGCCACAGAUUCUGGUGGGCUCCAGCAUGGGUGGGUGGCUGAUGUUGCUCGCCGCUCUCGCACGGCCAGAGAAGACAGCUGCUUUAGUGGGCAUCUCCACAGCUGCAGAUCACUUCGUCACAGCCUUCAACUCCCUACCAACACAGACAAAGAAGGAGAUCGAGGAACAGGGCUUUUGGAAAUUCCCCACCAAGCACAAUGAAGAGGGUUUCUACACUCUGAGCAUGGACUUUCUGAAGGAGGCGGAGAGCCACUGCAUACUCCAGAGCCCCAUCCCUGUUUCCUGCCCCGUUCGUCUGAUUCACGGCCUCAAGGACACUGAUGUUCCCUGGCACGUCUCCAUGCAGGUCGCAGAGCGGGUACUCAGCAAUGACGUGGAUGUCAUCCUGCGCAAGCACGGGCAACAUCGCAUGUCAGAGAAAGAUGACAUUAAGCUCAUGGUGUACACUAUUGAUGACCUUGUCGAUAAACUGACCACAUUAGGGUGAGAGUGGGGCGUGAGGACAGUGUGAAAGAGCCAUAUAUCUUACUUUCUUCCAUGGAGGCCCA